AUGGAGUCAUCUUUCUCAUUUGGAGUGAUCCUUGCUAUCCUGACUGUCCUCAUCAUCGCUGUGAAUGCACUAGUGGUUGUGGCCAUGCUGCUGUCAAUCUACAAGAACGAUGGUGUUAGUCUCUGCUUCACCUUGAAUCUGGCCGUGGCUGACACCUUGAUUGGAGUGGCCAUCUCUGGCUUAGUCACAGACCAGCUCUCUAGCUCGGUUCAGCACACAGAGAAGACCUUGUGCAGCCUUCGGAUGGCAUUUGUCACUUCUUCUGCAGCUGCCUCUGUCCUUACUGUCAUGCUGAUUGCCUUUGACAGAUACCUUGCCAUUAAGCAGCCCCUCCGCUACUUCCAAAUCAUGAGCGGCCUUGUGGCUGCGGCCUGCAUUGCAGGGCUGUGGUUGGUAUCUUACCUUAUUGGCUUCCUUCCAUUUGGCGUCUCCAUAUUCCAGCAGACCACCUACCACGGGCCCUGCAGCUUCUUUGCUGUGUUUCAUCCAAGGUUUGUUCUGACCCUUUCCUGUGCUGGCUUCUUCCCAGCCGUCCUCCUCUUUGUCUUCUUCUACUGUGACAUGCUCAAGAUUGCCUCGAUGCACAGCCAGCAGAUCCGAAAGAUGGAACUUGCAGGAGCCAUGGCUGGUGCUUGCCGGCCCCCAAGGUGUCUCAACGAUUUCAAGGCUGUCCGCACGGUGUCUAUUCUCAUUGGGAGCUUUACUCUGUCCUGGUCCCCCUUCCUUAUCACUAGCAUUGUGCAGGUGGCCUGCCAGGAAUGCUUCCUCUACCAAGUGUUGGAACAGUACCUGUGGCUGCUUGGUGUUGGCAACUCCCUGCUCAACCCACUCAUCUAUGCCUAUUGGCAGAAGGAGGUGCGGCAGCAGCUCUACCACAUGGCCCUGGGAGUGAAGAAGGGGUUCAUCUCAUUCCUCUUCUUUCUCCCAGCCAGGAAUAGUGGUCCACCAAAGCCCAGAGAAAGUUCCUGCCACAUCAUCACUAUCUCCCACCCAGAGCUUGAUGGCUAA